UUCAUUUACAUAAUCUGGCGCAUACAUUUAUUAAUUGUAUGUUGCGAUGCAUUGUCUUCCACUUUUGCGCCGCUCAAGAAUAUGUUUAGCCAAUGAUUAAGAGCCCGAAUUACAUGUGUUGUGCCUGCGGGUGCUAAUUAUUAGUAACGUCACUUGCAAAUGACCCUUUAGUCAUGCGUUACCGGGGUAAAACGCAGACACUCGUGUUUGUGUUGAUAGUUCAUUCAAUUUAGUAUGUAUGGUUGGAAAACGAUUAGAACUGCGAGAAGCGACGGCUUAAUCUUUCCAGAGGCACACAAGCUGUCGUGAAGAAUAUAGAGUACGUCUGACAGACACUAAACCGCGACAUGUUUGUAGCUAUGAGCGUUCAAAAGGGGAUGGGAAUGAUCAUCUGUUGUAAUGCUCGUCAGUUUUUCUGAUACAGGAGAAAAAGGUUUGAUAUAUCUUUUUCCAGUCUGUCUCACAGGAAUACACACCGUCUACGUGUGAAUGACUUUUGAGGAGAACAUUCAGACGAAGACAAACAAACAAACAAAAUGAAGCAUUUUCUGAGGGUUCUCACGCAGUUCUUCGUAUUCCUGUACUGCAAAUGUCUGUGGCGAACCCUGAAGUUCGUGGUCAGGAAGGUCACGGGGCGAUGUGAGCUUCAGCGCAUCUGUUACAACAACAAACCAGGAGCCCGCAGGACCCUCAAGAUAGAGUCCUCGCUGAAGUUCUCGAAGAGUGAGCUCCUGCAGUCCGCAGUCAGCGUCCACCCGGAUGCUGUGGAAAAGACCAUUGAUGACAUCAUGGCCUUGAAAAAGAUCAACCCUGACACCAACCCUCAGCUGGGUAUCUCUCUCCAGGCUUGCCUCUACCAGAUUGUGGGCUAUAGGAAUCUGGUGCUGGAGGUGGAGAAGCUGCGCAGGGAGUCAUAUGACUGCGAGAACGUAGAGCAUGAGGAGAUGCUGUUGAAGCUGUGGAAGACACUGCGUCCUGAAACCCCGCUGACUGGGCGCAUCUCUAAGCAGUGGUGUGAAAUUGGUUUCCAAGGUAGCGACCCCAAGACUGACUUCAGGGGCAUGGGCCUCUUGGGCCUGCAGAACCUUCUAUAUUUUGCUGAACACGACAAAGCCGCAGCCCUGCAGGUUCUGCACGACUCCCUGCAGCCGAAGCACAGGACCAUUUCCCAGGACACCGCCAGCAAGAUGAGCAAAUCAGAAUGGGAGAAGAAGAAGUUUGAUAAAGCCAUUGGGUACUCCUUCGCCAUUGUGGGCAUCAACAUCACAGACCUGGCUUAUGCACUGCUGGUCAGCGGUGCCCUGAAGACCCAUCUGUACAAUGUGGCUCCAGAGAUGCCCAGCCUCGCCCACUUCCAGCAGACCUUCUGUUACCUGAUGCAGGAGUUCCAUAAGUUCUGGAUCGAGGAGGAUCCCUCUGACAUCAUGGAGUUUAACCGUGUCCGUGCCAAGUUCCACAAGAGGGUCCUGAAGCAGCUGAAGAACCCUGACAUGACCUUGUGCCCCCACUUUGCUGCCUCUGACCUUCACCUGGUCAACCUGUAGACACAUCUCCAACCCCUACCUUCUG